AUCAAAACUGGCGUCGUCAAGCGUAUAGCUAAAGAAAAGAGUUUGUACGAAAAAGAGGCUGAACAACAAAAGAAUAAGGUACAAAAAUUGAAGGACGAAGGCCAAGACGAACACGAUAUAAGGAAGCAAGAAGAAGUACUUCAGGAAUCGCUGAUGAUGGUACCUGAUUGUCAACGAAGAUUAUUAAAAGCACAUGCAGAUUUGAAGUCAAUAUUAGAAAGCGAACAAGACUUGAAAGAAAACGAAGAUUAUAUUACCGCAGAGCAAGUGCUUAAAGAGGCAGAAAACCAACUCCCUGAGUCGGCAUAACAUCACUUAUUUCUAGAUAUUAAUCACUUAAUCAUGUCUAAUAAUCUUUAUAAUGAUUUUCCAAGUAGUUUUACAUUCCACGGCAAUGCUGCCCCUCCACCUUUAUUCACUGUCCCACCACCUUGUCCCAUAUACAUACCUCCACCUCCACCUCCAACUUCUGACCAAGAUUUUGUCAAAUCCUUCGAAUCUUAUAUCACAAAGAGUAAUGUUGAAAAUCCUAAAACUGACUCCAUAUCUACUGUACGUGGAAAAAUAACUAACCUAAUAAAGUCUCUUGAUGAAAUUAAAGAGGUAGAAAGUAAGUUACGAGAGAAUAUUCGUACCAUGUCAGAUACUGAUUGGGAUUCACAUAUGAAAGAUAUCGAAGAUAAAAAAGCAAAUAUAAUAAGAAUUUUAAACAUUGGUGAUCUCGAUAAUGUUAGAAAGCUUUUAGCAAAACGGGCUGCGAAGAGAUUACGAAUGAAGAGAGUGAAAUUAGAAAGGAGUCGUGCUAAGAAAGAAAGAGUGAAGCAAAUGGAGGAGAGAUCAAGAAAAAUAGAUGAAAACUUAAAGAAAAUUCAAGAUGACAUUGAGAAAUCUAAACAGGAAACCGAAGCCAAGUUACAUACAGAUAGUGUCCUAAAAGAGGUAAUGCGUAAGAAAACUGAUGCAAAGAAGAGUAUUGGCAAACUAGACGCGUUGCUGCGCCUGCGCCGCGCCCGUGCUAACACGGUUAAGGGCAGGGGAGAGACUGUAGCAGAGAAUGAGACGGUGACAUUCGAGGAACAUAUAGAAAAAAUAAAGCAACUUUGGUGUAAAAAGUUGGAGAUGUAUGAAAAGGAGGAGAAAGAGUUGCGUGUUACAUUGAAAGAGAGCUCCGAUGUCAAGGAAAAUGUAUCAGAAACUGAUUCCAAAGUGUUGGAGAAUUUAAAGAAUUGGAGGGAAGUUUUAUUCGGUGACUGUUUACCUCAAGUCAACUUUAAAGGAGAUGCUAACAAAUUCGUUUCUAUAAGGUGUGAGUGGGACAAGUUAGUGUGUAGUGGUGGGAGUGCUCUGCCGCUGGGCUGGGUGCUGCCCCACAUGCAGCGCUGACUGGAAGCCUAUCUAUUAAUUUGCUGAUAUCUACGAUGUGCUUUAUGCUUGCAUUUAUAAUGACUUUUUAAUAAAUUAUUUUGUACAUAAA